AAAGGGAGUGGUCAGGUCAGGCUCGGUGCAUGGUAACUCUAUGCACGUUCUCUUCUCUUCGUCUCUUUCCUCACUUACACUUCACUACACUCUCUCUCUCUCUCUCUAUAUUAAACCCCAGGACCAGUGACCACAUUACUCAGUGAGCGAGUCCUAGUCCAAUUCCAAAGUCCAGUCUUGAGUUAACUAACAAUGGACGUCUACGGCAUGUCUUCACCUGACUUGCUUCGCAUAGACGACCUUCUCGAUUUCUCCAACGACGAACUCUUCUCUUCUUCCUCAUCCACCGUCACUUCCUCCGCCGCUUCCUCCGCCGCGUCUUCCUCUUUCCCAUCCGAGAACCCUUUCAAUUUCCCUUCCUCCGCCUACACUUCUCCUCCUCUCCUCACCGAUUUCACUCACGAUCUCUGCGUCCCCAGUGACGACGCAGCUCAUCUCGAAUGGUUAUCACGAUUCGUUGACGAUUCAUUUUCCGAUUACCCGACGAAUCCUUUAACCAUGACCGUUAGGCCUGAGAUUUCAUUUACCGGGAAACCUAGAAGUCGCCGAUCAAGAGCUCCAGCACCUUCCGUCGCUGGAACUUGGGCUCCGAUGCCUGAAUCCGAGCUUUGUCACUCUGUUCCCAAAACUAAACACAAGAAGGAGUACAACGCUGAACCAGUCACGCCCGAUGUAGGAGGAGCGAGGCGGUGCACGCACUGCGCGUCUGAGAAAACGCCACAGUGGAGAACUGGACCGCUCGGACCUAAAACGCUUUGUAACGCCUGCGGUGUUCGUUUCAAAUCAGGCAGGCUUGUACCGGAAUACAGACCGGCUUCGAGUCCGACGUUCGUGCUCACUCAGCAUUCCAACUCUCACCGGAAAGUUAUGGAACUCCGGCGGCAGAAGGAACAGCAAGAAUCGUGUGCUUCUAUUCCAUCGUUUCAGCCGCGGUAAAUUCGCGUUUUCGUCUUCGGAGGUUUUUUUUUUUGUGAUUGGGGGUGACGUGUCGUGAUCCUAACGGCGAUGACCACGUGACCGACGAGUUAAGGACUUUAAUUAUCAUCAGUAUUUAGUUUUUAAAAAAUGGAACUCUGCUAAUCACGUCAUUAAUUUGUUAGUAUUCAUUUGAUUUUGUUUUGGUUAUUAUUUUUUGUUUUUUUUUGGUUUCACGGCUCUCCUUAAAGUUAAAUCAUUAAAUGAUUUUAUUGGCGGCA